AUGCAUAAGAUUUCCAACUUCACCGGCCAGGCUCGCCAUGGCUGGGAACGCAUGACGCCCACCUUUGGCAUGUCACGGCCUCAGCAGGAUGCUCCCAACUCGCAGCAGUACCGCCGUCCCCAGGGCGGCCCCGGCCAGCCACCUCCACAGCAGCCGCAUCACCAGCAACACCCCUCCCAGCAGCAUCAGCAGCAGCUACCUCUUCAGCAGCAGCAGUCGCAGCAACAACAACAACCGCAACACUCACAGCAUCACCCACCAUCACAAUCUGCCUCUCCGAAUCCUACCAGCGGUGCCAGCACCCCCGCCGGAACGGUCAUCUCUGCUGCUCCUUCCGUUGAACCGCAGCUGAUCAACAUCUCUUUUAACAUCCCAUUCUCCUCAAACCUGCCUGGCCCGGAUCCCGCAGACAUCCUGCAUUCGUCUCCAAACGCCUUCCAGCGAUGGACUUUCCCGGAGGGAACACCAGAGGGGACUCCUACCCACCGUCUGCCAGUCCAUACACAGCAUGUCGACUCGCUGCGUAAACUGUGCCGUCAGAUGUGCGAGAGCGGUGGCGGCCGCAUCGAGGCUACCGUCACCUCGUCAGAGCCCAAGAUGGCCCUCUCCCAUGCAGCGACGUCACCACGGACUCGUCACCAACGUCUGUAUCUCGGGAGAAGCGGAUCUCGUACGGCAAAUGAAGACCAGGAUAUACAGGGAAAACGCCCCAUUUGUUUCUUGCGGAGCUUGACCAUUGAUGUCGAUGUCGACCUCCUCCUGCAGAAGGAGACCGAUUCAGUCCGCAAGAUCGUGCUCGAACACAUCGACAUAUUGGCGGGCUACACCGGAGCGGAUAUCUUCUUGCUUAGUCCCAAAAUUGUCGAUGCUGACAACGCUCUCAGCUCAUCUUACGGCUACUCUGCUGACGGCGGGUUGAAUCGACGAUUCAGAAUCGCCAUCUACAGUGACGCAGAGAGUGCUGAGCACGCCAAGUCAAGGGUUCUGAUCAUGAUCGAUCAAGUCCUUAAACGCCGUGUUGAUGCUGUAAGACUCGAAUUGAGUACCCACUUCCUUGUCUGUGGCCGCACACGCAAGAACGUUAAGAUGAUUGAAGCCACUACAAACACGGCUAUCUAUUUUCCACCGCCAUUCCCCCGUGUAUACGGCUACAUGCCUCCAGGUGCAACCAGACGCUGCGAGGACGAAGUGUACAUCACUGGAGAAAACCAAGAGGACAUCAACCUUGUUAAACAGAAACUACGCGAUCUAGUCGCUGUCCUCAAGAUCUACGUCAAAGAGGCCAUCAUCCACCCGGAAAAAGUCGACAGCAUUAUCCUCGAGCGCCUAGACAAGAUUCAGAAGGUCAUGGAGGCAAACGGGUGUUUCGUUCUGCUUCCCCAGCUAGGCAGCGGUGUUAGUUCUAUUCGUGUUCAGGGAACAGAUGUCCUACAUGUCGAGCGUACCAUCCGUGAGCUUAUGAAUGUCGCUGGCCAAUUUUACAGCGCUACCUGGUGGCUCAUGGCAGACAAUCCGCAAAUGAGGACACCAUCCCCAGCAGACAUCAGAACAAUGCUUUCGGACAUUUGUGCAAACUCUGGUGCGGACGUAACUUUCGACAAUCUAACAUUCCAUAUCCACGGCUCAGACGAUUCUGUCAAGGCUGCUAUGAUGGUCAUUCAUCAAAUUCCCUUCGUCAAGCGGUCCCCGCACCAGAUGAAAGUCAAGAUUGAGCUUGCCAACGAACACAAGGAGUUCGUGAGCGGAAAGAAGAAUGGCAAGAUUAACAAAAUCAUGAGCCAAAGAAACGUCCAGAUCAUCUUUGACGGCUUCAAUGAGUACAACUUCUAUAUUGAUGUUUGUGCCAACGAUUAUGAAGCCGUUAAACAAGGUCUCCACCUUGUCGAGCAAGAGAUGCCAGCAUCCAUCUCCUUCCAUGUUCCAGAUCAAUACCACAAGCGUAUUAUCGGUAUUGGUGGCCAACAUAUCCAGCGUGUCAUGAAGAAAUAUUCUGUCUUCGUCAAAUUUUCCAAUGCUAUGGACAGAGGCGGAGCUGGAAAAGAUGACGACGAUGGCCGAGUCGAGAACGUUAUCUGCCGUACCCCAGCUAGGAACGCACAGAAUCUCGAACUAGUCAAACAGGAAAUUAUGGACAUGGUUGAGAAAGUCGAUGCCGAGUUCGUCUCGGAGACCGUCGUCGUCAACCGUCUUUACCAUCGGAAUUUGGUUUCAAGGAUGAAGGAUCUUGAUGAGUUAGAGAAGAAAUGGAAUUGCAAGAUUGACUUUCCAAGCACAGAAACUGCCAGCGAUUUAGUUACUAUCUCUGGUCCAGAAUAUCAAGUGCCCCAGGCCGUUGAUGCGUUGUUGGGAAUGGUCCCGGUCAGCCAUUCUAUGGUUUUCGGCGUCUCCGAUCAACUUCGAUCAUUCUUCCUUACGCCCGAAUUCUCGGAAGUUAUAUGCCGAAAUCUACAAGAACAAUAUGAAAUUACUCUUUCCGUAGGAACAGCAACGAGUCAAGCCAUUAUUGACCCGGAGAACGCGGAGCCUCUUACCGAAGAUACUCUCGACAUGAACUUCACCCGUAACAAUGCUGGUGGUGUCAAAGACGCUGUUGAUUUCCUCAUUUCUCGCCUUGUUCCUCACGGUCUAGACGCCACGACCGUCAAGGGUAGCAUUCCCCGGCCUAAAUCCGAUUCUUUCGAGGACUCACUCCCAUUUUUUGAUUCCAAACUCCUCCAACAUGCUCCUCCCCCGCUUGUCACGGACUCUCCUAUUCGUGCUAACUUUGCCACUGACGACUCUGCGGACCGUGGCUCCAUCUUUGGACGUCUUCGAAAACCAGGCUCUAUCGCUUCCUUCUCCUCGCUCAUCGGCCGAAAGAAUCAAUCUUCAUCUCCCGGUUCACUGUUCAAGCAUGCCUCUAGCAAUGCUUCCAAGGCUUCUCUUGUCUCCAUGGAAUCUCGAGAUAGUGGCUACCGUAACCCUUGGAAUGACUCUGGUGUCAAUCUAGCAAAGGAAGAUCUACUCACUCCAUCCGGUAACGGUUGGCCCACUCGAUUUGACAAUAAGUUUCCCUUCGGGACAGGCUCUGGAUCCGUGUCUGCAGGCGAUAUGACACCAAGACAUGACUUACGUGCUUCCUUCGACAGUGGACGACCCAGCACUUCCAAUUCUUACUCUGCUCCUAUUGGUCCCCCUCGCUAA